AUGGCGGAGCGUCCAGCAGCAGCAGGACAUGUCAACCUGCAGGACGUCCUGAGAGGACGGACAGACGAAGCUCAGAGGACGAAGAGCAACAUGAUCCGAGUGUUCAUCAGCUCCACGUUCACAGAUAUGAGCGCCGAGAGGAAAGCCCUGCUGGAGAGAGCUUACCCAGAAGUCCUAGCUUUCUGCCGCAGUCUGGGGCUCGUGUUUGAGGUAGUGGAUCUGCGUUGGGGGAUUCGAAGCGUCUCGUCUGGAGACCACGAGGCCGGCGACAUCAUCCUGCAGGAGAUCGACACCUGUCAGAGGAUUUCAGCCGGUCCAGCGUUUGUCGCUCUGCUGGGGAACAGGUACGGCCACCGAACUCUUCCUCGCCUCGUCCCGGAGAAACACUUUGAGGUCCUUUUGUCCAAACUGUCGAAAAACGCCGAAGGCGUCAAGCAGCUGAGUCAGUGGUUCUUAAAGGACAACAAUGCGGUCCCGCCCACCUACGUGCUUCAGCCAAUCACGGCUCACUUCCCCCACUACAGCGACCUCCGACCCGAGAGCGUCCCUCAGCGGGACAAAAACCUCCUCUCCUGGCGUUUCACAGAGACUCAACUGUUGCAGCUCCUACGUGCCGCCGCCACAGACGCCGAAGCAGCCGGUGACAUCACAGCUGAGCAGAAACAAGACUUCUUCACAUCAGUCACAGAGCGGGAGUUCGAACGCGGUCUGUGGAAGGAUGGCGGCAAAACGUUGGCUCUGCUCUUCGUACGAGAGAUUCCCCGCCAGAGGGUGAGGGACGGCCCCAAACGUCUCGCUAAAUUCAUGGACCUGACCGCCAACGGGCUGCUGGACGCAGAAGCUCAGGGACUCCUCGCCGGCCUCAAGUCCCGCCUCUACGCCAUGCGGCAGCAGAUCCUCAACCUGCACUGCGUGGAGCUCAGCAAAGGAAGCAUCGACCCCAAACGCAAAGAGCACGCUCAGUACUUGGACGCCAUCUGCGAGCAGUUUGUGUCGCAGAUAAAGGCCAGGAUCGAAGCGGCGGUCGAUUCGCCUGCAGAGGGAAGGCGCGGGAGGAUUUGGGGAAGCAUUGAGGAGGUAAAGGAGGAAAUGUCAGAGCGGGUGCUUGAGGAGGUCAGAUGGCACGCCGCCAUGAGCGCGGAGCUGUGCAGAGGUCUCCAGGGCAGGGAGGGGCUUCUGGGUAAACUCUGCUGCACCAUGUGGGAGUCCACCAACGUCCACCACGCCCCGCUGGUGGUGCACAGCGCCGCCGGGAUGGGGAAGACGGCGCUGCUGUGCAAACUGGCGCAGGAGAUGCGUAGCGUCCUGGAGCCCGGGGCGGCGGUGGUGAUCCGGCUGCUGUCGGCUCGUCACCCUCAGAGACCGGACAUCGACCACGUCCUCCGAAGCGUCUGCCUGCAGAUCUGUUUGGCUUGUGGAUUGGCUCCACCCUCGCCGCUGACGGCAAACACGCACCUGGAGCUGCUGCGCUUCUUCAGGAACGUCCUCGCUGAGGCGUCGCAGCGCGGGAACACGCUGCUCGUCAUCCUGGACACUCUGGAUCAGCUCUCAGACCGGCACCACGCUCACAGACUCCGCUGGCUGCCCGCCGACCUCCCGCCCAACAUCCACCUGGUGGUUUCCAUGGACACCAACAGCGAAGCGUUCGCCAACAUGCGGCUGAAGUUGAGGAGUUUGGGGAGUUUCUUUGAAGUGGAGCGUUUGUUGCGUGACGAAGGCCGACAGGUGAUGGAGUCGUUCCUGCGAGCGUCUAAACGAACCCUGACGGCCGAGCAGAGCGCCGCCGCACUGCAGAGCUUCGAGGCGACCGGCUGUCCGCUGCACCUCAAACUGAUCCUGUCCGCCGCCAAACGCUGGACGUCCUUCACCCCGCUCACAGAGACACGCUUGGGUGCCAGCACACAGGAAAUGAUGUCACAGCUCUUCCUGAUGCUGGAGGAGAAACAUGGGAAGGAGCUGGUGGGCGGGGCUUUAGGAUACAUCACUCUGGCGAGGGACGGGCUGCUGGAGGCCGAGCUGCGUGACCUCAUGUCCCUGGACGAUGAUGUCAUUGCUGAGGUGUACAGGUACUCCCUCCCUCCCACCCCCUCGCUGAUCCGGCUGCCCCCCCUCCUCUGGGCUCGACUCAAACGGGACCUCGAGGAUCAGCUGGAGGAGCGCUGGACGGGCGGGGUCGCCGCCAUCGCCCUCAACAACCGGCGUCUGUACGAGGCGGUCUCGGCUCGGUAUCUGACCUCAGAGCGGCGGGGGCGGAGCUUAAGGAUCCUGGCGGAGUACUUCCUGGGUCGGUGGUCAGGGAAACUGAAGCCGGCGGCGCUGCCGGGUCUGACGCUGCUGCUGUCUGACAGAAAGGUCCCGCCCCAGCCGCUGUGGUUCGCUCCAGGAUUGGCUAACGUCAGGAAGCUGCAGGAGCUGCCCUCCCACCUGCUGCACGCCGGUCUGUGGGACGAGCUGCGACAGGAAGUCAUCGGCAGCGCGGAGUGGCUGUACUGUAAGAGCAGGGUGUGUGGGGUGUCCAGUGUGAUCCAGGACCUGGACCAGUGCUCCCAGUACAUGGACUGCACUGAGUCCAGACUGGUCCGAGACACUCUGGUCCUGAUCAAACCCAGUCUGGACUUCCUGGAUGGUCACAUGGACACGUCUCUGUUUUACACCGAGCUGUUGGCGAGGCUGUGCUCCUUGGCCGCGCCUUUCCCCGCUGUGAUUGGCCAGCUGUGUCGGCAGUGUGAGGAGCGGUUACUGACGAGUCCCGAGCCCAUCCUCGUGCCAAAGUGCAGCUUCCUGCAGCAGCCGGGCGGGGCGCUGCAGCACGCGCUGAGCGGCCUGCACGGAGGUGUCCUCUGUAUGGACGUGGGCGUGGAGGCGGAGCUUCUGGUUGCAGGCUCAGAUGACGGCACGGUGGCGGUGUGGAGCCUCGCUGAGCAGCAGCUGGUACACACACUGCUGGGACACAUGGGUGCAGUUCUGUGCGUCAAAGUGGUCGACGGCUCCGCACGCUGCCUCUCAUUGGCUGCUGACGGCUCUCUGAGGAGGUGGAGCCUGACGGACGGCGAGCAGCUGCUGUGCGUCCAGGGGGCGGUGCCCGUUGACUCCGCCCCUUCCUCUGUACACCUCCACCUGUCUGAUCAGCUGAUCUUUGUUUACACCAGGACUCAGGUGAAGGUGUUGAAGUUGGACGGAGCCGAAAUCCUCGGCAGCAGCAGCGAUGGUGGCUCGGUGGUGCUGGGAGUUCUGGGAGAACAUGUGGUUUCUCUGAGUGGUUCUGGUCUGGUCAGAGUUUCUCACCCCGUCACCAGGACUCAAACUGUGGAAAAGUCGCAGAGAUGUUUGACUCCGGUGAAAUCUGUGGUUUUACCGAAACACGGGAAAGUGUUUGUGGUUUCUAAAAAAGGAUUCCUCCACCAGAUUUCCAGGACGGGUCGACAGACAGCCGUCGAGUUUCCUCUAGUUCCCUCUUUGUUUUCAGUCACCGAGGAUGAAAAAAUACUGUUAGCAGGAAGUGAUGAAACUCUGAGCCUCUUCAACAUCGACGGAGACUCUGUGGACAAAUUCCUCGACCUCCAGCACGACGACAGCGUUUUGUGCGCCUGCGUGUCAUCAGACUGCCGGCUGCUUGCCUCUGGAGCUGCUGACCAGCUAAUACGAAUCUGGUCGGUGACCACAGGCUCGUUGUUGGACUCUCUGCGUGGUUCAGACUCUCCCGUCACGUCUGUCCGUCUGUAUCGCGGCUUCGUGGUUUCUGCCUCAACGGCUGCCGCCUGCGUCCAUGUGUGGAGCCUGAAAUACGACACCCGCCACAGACCCGUCGCCCACGUCCCCGCUGGCUGCGCCCAUGUUGCCCUCACUAAAGACGCAGACCGGGUUUUCUACGUCCGACAGCAGAGCCAGACGGAAGUCAUCAGCUGGAACAACAACACAGGUUGUCUCUCGGAGCAUCUGGCGGUCUCUGCUGAGGUCUGCUGUCUGGAGCUGGCUCAGCACAAACGGCUGCUGCUCUGCGGUCUGACCUCCGGCACCGUCCUCAUCUACCCGCUGGCACUGCCCCAGGAGACGCUCUGCAUCCCGCCGCCGGAGAGCCUCAGCCGGGUGCUCUGCCUCGCCGUCAGCUCCCAGGAGAAGCACGUGGCGGUGGCCUACGAGGACUCUGUGUGUCUGUUUGAGAUCAGCAGCAGAGACAGCUUCCCCACGGUAGAGGGGCCCCUGGAGGCGGUCCCCCUGUCCCUCCUCCACGCCCCGCUGUCCUCCAUGGCCCUGCUGUCCGACCGCCGGCUGCUGUACGGGACGAGCUGCGGGGAGGUGAAGCUCCACGACUUCGGCGGCGGCGGCAGCUCUGCUCUGGAGCCGCACCGCAGCAGAGUCACCUGUGUGACAGCCAGUAACUGGGGGACUCACGCCCUGGUGGGCUCUGAGGACGCCGUCCAGAGGCUGUGGGCCCUCAGCCCGCUGGUCCUGGACCACACCAUGGAGUACAAGGGCUUUUUCUUCGAGGGCGUCCUCUCGGCUGCGUUCUCUGACAGCGACCAGUUCGUCUUCACUGGAUCUCAAGACAGAACCAUCAAAGUCUGGGACGUCGUGACAGGAAACCUGCUGUACGUUCAGUACGUCUACUCCCCCGUCGUCCGCAUGGUGACCUACAGGAACGGCUUCGUGGCGUUGUCCCAGCAGGGCUGCGUCAUCAGGGAGGUGUUUCGCUGUCCGGAGCACAUCAGUCCGGACUACAACCCUCUGAGGAACGUCAAGGCGCAGUACCGGGUCACCUCCAGGGACAAGAGGAACCAGGAGGGCCCGCAGAGCUCUGGCUCCGACGUGCAGGACUACAACCCGGCCCAGUUCAACCUCAAUGUCAUGAGCAUGCUCAGAACCAAACCCUCCUCCACCUGCUGCAUACUGUAG